CCCCCGUAGCGUCCGUCAGCAGCAACUUCCGCUUCUGACGGACCACAGUGGCGAAUGCACUUCCGGCAGCGGCGGCUCAAGCAGCAGAAUCAAGAUGGGUCAAAGUCAGAGUGGUGGUCAUGGUCCUGGAGGUGGCAAGAAGGAUGACAAGGAUAAGAAAAAGAAAUAUGAACCUCCGGUACCAACCAGAGUGGGGAAAAAGAAGAAGAAAACAAAGGGACCAGAUGCCGCCAGCAAACUGCCACUGGUGACACCUCACACUCAGUGCCGGUUAAAAUUAUUGAAGUUAGAGAGAAUUAAAGACUUUCUUCUCAUGGAGGAAGAAUUCAUUAGAAAUCAGGAACAAAUGAAGCCUUUAGAAGAAAAGCAAGAGGAGGAAAGAUCAAAGGUGGAUGAUCUUAGGGGGACCCCAAUGUCGGUAGGAACCUUGGAAGAGAUCAUUGAUGACAAUCACGCCAUUGUGUCUACAUCUGUGGGUUCAGAACAUUAUGUCAGCAUCCUUUCAUUUGUAGACAAAGAUCUGCUGGAGCCAGGCUGCUCCGUCCUGCUCAACCACAAGGUGCAUGCCGUGAUAGGAGUGCUGAUGGAUGACACGGACCCGUUGGUCACAGUGAUGAAGGUGGAAAAGGCCCCACAGGAGACCUAUGCUGACAUUGGGGGGUUGGACAACCAAAUCCAGGAAAUUAAGGAAUCUGUGGAGCUUCCUCUCACUCAUCCUGAAUAUUAUGAAGAGAUGGGUAUAAAGCCCCCUAAGGGGGUCAUUCUCUAUGGCCCACCUGGCACAGGUAAAACCUUAUUAGCCAAAGCAGUAGCAAACCAAACCUCGGCCACUUUUUUGAGAGUGGUUGGCUCUGAACUUAUUCAGAAGUAUCUGGGCGACGGGCCGAAACUCGUUCGGGAAUUAUUUCGAGUUGCUGAAGAACACGCACCAUCCAUCGUGUUUAUUGAUGAGAUUGAUGCCAUUGGGACAAAAAGAUAUGACUCAAAUUCCGGUGGCGAGAGAGAAAUUCAGCGAACAAUGUUGGAACUGUUGAACCAGUUGGAUGGAUUUGAUUCAAGGGGAGACGUAAAAGUUAUCAUGGCUACAAACCGAAUAGAAACUCUGGAUCCAGCACUUAUCAGACCAGGCCGCAUCGACAGGAAGAUUGAGUUCCCGCUGCCUGACGAAAAGACCAAGAAGCGCAUCUUUCAGAUCCACACAAGCAGAAUGACGCUGGCUGAUGACGUCACACUGGAUGACUUGAUCAUGGCUAAAGAUGACCUCUCUGGUGCUGACAUCAAGGCAAUCUGUACAGAAGCUGGUCUGAUGGCCUUGAGAGAACGUAGGAUGAAAGUAACAAAUGAAGACUUCAAAAAAUCUAAAGAAAAUGUUCUUUAUAAAAAACAGGAAGGCACCCCUGAGGGGCUCUAUCUCUAGCAAACCGCAGUUGCCUUCAAGGAUAUGGUUGGGGUACCCCACCCCUUAGAGGGAUGAGGUUGGGGAAGGUGCCCAGAGGAAUCCACGUCCCAGUUGCUCUUCAUUAGCAAAACCUCCUGUGUACCUUUCUGAACAUGAUGUGCAGCCACCUCUGCCCAAUAAAGCAC